CUUUCCCGCUCACUUCUUUUUCACCUCAUCAAACAACGCGCUCGACAUAAGUACAACCUCAGCUCAAGCUCGAGUAGCUUGAACCUACUCACCCUCCACACUUCUCACCCAACCCUCAACCACCAAAUCGUCGACUGAACCCAUCUCAGCCAUGCCUUCCAGCCUCCCUUCCAACUCCGAGGACUUUCUCGAACACAACCUCACCAACAUCGACGCCAGCAAUCUCGCACUACUAGACGAGUGCUACAUCUGUCACGAAGAACUCGGCACAAACCAUCCAGCCAGUCAAAUCACCGGCAUCCCCGAUUGCAGUCAUGUAUUCGGCCACGAUUGCUUAGUUGCAUGGAUCUCCAGCAGCAACGUCAACAACAACACAUGCCCUAUGUGCCGAACGAUCCUUUACACAAAAGCCCUGCCGUCAGUAGAUGAGAUUGUCCGCCUGACGGCUUCCCUACGAAGACUGGUGGCUCGCAUGGAGACGCUGGAGGGCAUGGUGGAUACGGCUACGCGUCUCGGAGAAGAAGGUCGCGAGGAGCGUAGGCAGCAACGGCGCACGGCUCAGCGAACGGAAGGGGAGCUUCAGCGGCAGAUCGAGGAGCUUCAGCGGCAGGGCCAGGAAGCUCGCCGGACUGAAGGAGAGGCUCGGCGGGGGGCACAGGAGAUUCGGGAGGUUGGACGCACUCUGCUUCUUGAAGUUGCUCGGUUGCGACAGCAACGUGAUGCUGAUCUCGAUUGAGCGAUGAAGCUACCUGGUGAGCUUUGAGUAGCUCGCAAGGCACUCGACACUUCCCUUGCGGCUAAAGUUUGUGGCGCCGAAUUU